CCGCCCGCAUGCAAGAAAGUGAAAUGGAGCUUCUUAUUCUAUCAUCAUCCCUUCUCCUCCUCACUCUUUUCCUCUCUCUCUCUAACAAUACUUCAUUACAAUAAAAGCACUCAUUCCAGAUCAAAAUCACUUCCUCCAGGCCAAACAGGGUGGCCCUUCUUCGGGGAAACCCUGGAAUUCGUGUCGGCGGGCCGGCAAGGAAACCCCAAGAAGUUUUUCGACGACAGAAUGGCGAAACACUCGUCCGACAUCUUCAAAACCUCACUGAUGGGCGAAAAGACAGCCGUCCUUUGCGGGCCUUCCGGAAACAAGUUUCUAUUCUCGAACGAGAACAAGCUCGUCCACACAUGGUGGCCAAGAAACAUCGAAAGGCUAUUCCCUACGUCAGUUGUGCACAAGUCAACCAGGGAACAGUUCAUCAACAUGAGGAAGCUUCUGCCGGGAUUCAUCAAACCCGACUCGUUGCGGAACUACGUCGGGGUUAUGGACUCCAUCGCGAGGGAGCACCUGGAAACUCACUGGGAAUGCGGUGGCCGGGAAAAUAUUGUGACCGUUUUGCCUCUGGUGAAGAAGUUCACUUUCGCGGUUGCAUGCAGGUUGUUCCUGAGCAUUGACGAUCCCGUGCACAUUGCGAGAUUCGAUAAGCCUUUCUGUGUACUUGCGGCCGGGGUUUUGUCGGUGCCUGUUGAUUUUCCGGGGACUCGUUUCAAUCGUGCUAUUAAAGCUGCCGAUUCGAUAAGAAGGGAGAUUUUGGAAAUAAUCAGGCGACGGAAAUCCGUGCCAAUGGCCGCCGUCGUUGACCGUCGCGAUAUUUUGGCCCACAUGCUGACGACGCCGGACGAAAACGGGAAUUUGAUGUCGGAAUUGGAUGUCGCCGACAAGAUUAUAGGCUUGCUUAUCGGUGGCCACGACACGGCGAGUGUCGCCAUCACUUUCAUCGUCAAAUAUCUCUCCGAGCUGCCUCAUAUUUACGAUAAAGUCCUUGAAGGUGAGACUAACGGAUGCUACACUGGGUAA